AUGCUGCAGGCUGCGGACGCGCUUCGGGUGCUGCUGCUGCGGCAGGCUCAGGCCCUGCAGCAGCUGUCGUCGACCGGCCUGCGGGCGUCAGCUGUCGACACUAGCCUUGCCAGCCUGGGGCAGCUGGGAGGGCAGAGCCCGGCGGGGCAGGGUCAGCCGCAGCAGCAGCAGCCGCUGCAGCAGCCGGGGCUGUCAAGCAGCGGCGGCGCAGCGAGCAGCACCAGCGGCGCGCGGUCGCCGUCCCCGCCGCCCGGCGGGGCCAAGAAGGGGGCAAAGCCCGCGCCUGGCGGGAAGCGGCCGGGGAGCAGCGAGGCGUCGGAACGGCGGCCGUCGGCGCCGGGCGGCAGGGGCAAGCGCGUGAGCGGCGACGCGGACGCGAGGGACGGCGGCGGCUUCGCGGCGGGCCAGCUGGGACAGUCGGCCGCGCCCUCCCUGUUUUCGGACAUCGCUGGCGUCAUCAACGGCUGCACUGCAGUGGUUCAGGAGGCAGCAGGCGCCUACUAUGCAUCAAAGGACCCGUCCCGGCCCAUCCGCUACCCGUCGCGCAUCCCCGCCACCCUCGACGCUCUGCUGGCCUCCACUGGCGAGGUGCUGGGCGCCCUGAGGCGCCAGCUGGCAGACCAUGUUGAGGCGGGGGCGCGGCAGCUGCGCUUGCAGGUAAUCCGCGCCAACCGCUUGCUGGAGCGCCUGCCCGCGGCGGCGUGCGGCGCGCUGGCUCUGCACCUCCGGGACUUGACUGACUCGGAACACGCUGACCUGGCGCGUGCCCUGGACGCCGACCGCGCGGCUUCCGUGAGAUCCCUGGAGAUUCACAAGCGCAGCCUGCACCCAGAGAUGCUAAACCCAGGCCGGAGAUCCGACCUGGAUGCCCUGCGGUCGCGGGAAACGGAGAGGCAGGAGGCGGCCGCCCGGCUGACGGCGCGCGCCGCGGGGGAGGCGGCCGCGCUCGUGGCGCGGCAGGCGCCGGCGCUGCGUGGCGCGGCGCGUAGGGGCGCGCCGUCAUCUAGCAAGGGGCCGGCCCCUGCUGGCGCCAAACCGGGCUCGCCCACUGGCACCACCAAAGCCGCAGCCAAGGCGGCCGCCGACGCCGCGACGCCGGGCGGGGCUGCGGCACCGUCAGGGGUUGCGGCCCUCGCGAGUGGGGAGUCGCAGGCGGCAGGGCGGCCGUUUACAACGGGCACGUGGCUGCUAUCAGCCGGCCAGCUCGACCUGCGGAGCCUGGGCUGGCCGGACGCCCCUGCUGCUGCUGGGGCCCCAGGCGCGGCAGCGGGCGGCGCGCCCUCUCUAGCGGCGGCGGGCGAGGCGGCGGCCGACUGUGAGGUGACGGCAGUGGACACGCCCUGCCACAGGGCGUGCGUGCGCGCCUACGUGGCGGCGAUCCGGAAGUUUGAGGGACACAUGGCCGGCGUCGUCGCCUCGCACAGGGCGCGGGUCGGCGCGUGGGCGGAGCACGAACGGCGGUGGGCGGAAGUGUGGGUGCGCAUGAUCGAUGAGCUUGACACCAUUUGA